AUGAGCCGCUACGCGGAACUUAGCAACCUCUCAGUGAGCGUGCAACAGAUAGAAAACUGCGCGUUCUCCCGAUGGUACCAUCUUUUCCAUGGAUCGACGCCCAAGGCGGAAAUCAUCAAACCAGUGCCAGCGGGUUUUAUGGAGUAUCUAGAGCAAGAUGGCAUUCGAUUGCCCAAUGAUAGCAAUUUCAAACAGUCAUCGUACUUCCAGGACGUCCAAGAAACGGAGGACAAUGAGUAUAGCGACUGGGAACAAGAAGAAAACGAAAACGAAAACGAAAACGGCGGCGAGGUGAUGGCAUCGCAGCACGACACGAAAACCGAGGUGACAUCGAUGUUUCCCGACUUACACCAGAAGCUGAAAGGUCUUUUCCAGGAAAUGGGACCUCUGACGCCGAAGCUGACGUGGUCGAGUCCCAAAGACGCGACCUGGAUCCUUGCAAAUAACACUCUGAAAUGCCACGAGGUCAACGAUGUGUACUUGCUCCUCAAGGCUUCAAGCCACAUAACGCACGAUCUAGACCGGGCCUUCGAUGAAUGUUUUGACCGCGAGACGCUGAAAGAGACUCCCCAAACGUUUGGCCACGAGUUGAUUUUGCGGAAAUGGUUUGACAUCAACCCAGCGCUCGAGUUCAGGGUUUUCGUCAAGAAUUCAAAGAUCAUAGGCGUCUCCCAAAGAGAUCUCAACUUCUACGACUACCUCUUGCCCCUAGUCGACACAUUCAAGGAGCUCAUCGACGAGUUCAUCCACGAGCAGGUGAGCCAGAAAUUUCCGGACCCAUCGUACGUCUGCGACGUUUACAUACCGCGCCCCUUCCAAAAAGUCUGGCUCAUCGAUUUCAAUCCGUUUUGCAGGAAGACCGACUCUCUCAUGUUUUCAUGGCACGAACUUAUUACUGCCAAUGAGAACGAUAUAGAGGACGACUACGAGAUGCGGUUAGUGAAAGAAAAUAACGUGGCCCGUUUCGCUGGGAAGGAACACUCGGAGAGUCAGGUCCCUAAAGACGUGGCAGAUGCCAUUACGAAUCCGGAUGCCAUUAAAGAGCUGGCCUCCAAAUGGUCGGAGCUCUUGAAAAUGCAGCAAGCCGAGGACUCCAGUGAAGAGGAAUAG